AUGGCUGCAGAGGAAGCUAUGACACCGAAAGACUACCAUGAGAUAACUGAUCCGCUACAAGGACAGUCCAACUGUCACCCAGACGGGAUCAAGGUUAAAGAUCGGGAGGUGCAUGGCCAGUCUACACGACUGGAUGACGACGUGAAAGCUGUUACGAUCGAGGGCGAAGUAAUGGAAAAUGAUGUACCGGAUGAAUUAACAUACUACCACGAGGGAGGUGAACUGUUCGCGGAAGAUGUGGAACAACACAUGGCUGUGCUGUCGGAGGUAAGCAUAUCCACGACCGAGAUUACAAUAGACGAUGUCCAGGUUGGCGAUCCUGGAAUACCCUUGACAGAGGAUCAAGAGGAUUUGCGACGGCUGAUAUGGAAGAGUCGUCACCUGUUGAUCGGGAAAUAA